CGUGUUACGAAAGCAAAAUACACGUGAGGUUGUAAACAAACGAGUGGACGAGGGCGGUCAUUGACAUGACGGCCCGUUACUUUCACUUGGCAGUGUUUGCCAAUGUCCUGUGUUUGUGUCAAAGCUACACCCUGAGGAGCUCCGUGUCCUGGGUCGUCUCCUCCAACGAUGUGGUGGAGGACGCGGACCUGUCGGAUGAGGUCGCCCCGGCUUUGCUGGUGGAUGGCGCGGGGCUGUGGAAGCAGGCGUAUCCGUCCUCGAGCGUCCUCGGAGACAGCGUGGAGAGCCCGGGAGAGCUCGUCAAGCCGGACAACGAGAAUGUGGCGCAGAUCUCAUCUCGCCUGUUUUCAUAUCGGCUGGAGAAGGUGAAGAAGUCCGGCAGCAGCAGUCCCCCUCCGCACCAAGAGACCGCCAGGACUGCUAGAUACAUAGCUCAUUACAGUGACUGGGGACAUCUGUCCACCAUUUCAACUCAAGACAAGAUCAAAGGUCUCCCUUUUGGGAACAUCUUCUCAGUCAGUGAUGGACCGUUGGACAACAGCACUGGAGUCAUCUAUUUUUAUGUGACUCCGAUGGACAACACUGUAUCAGACCUGAAAAGUAACCCCUACGCUUCUCUCACAUUCUCAGAGGCUGAGGGAGAAUUCUGCAGGCAAAUGGUGUAUGAGGCAGAAGAUCCAAGAUGUGCUCGACUCACACUAACAGGCAAGAUGGUGGAGGUAGCCCCAGAGGAGCUCAUGUUUGCAAAGGAGGCAAUGUUUUCAAGACAUCCUGCUAUGGCGAAGUGGCCAGUGGGACACAAGUGGUUCUUCAUGAAGUUGGAGUUGAUCCAGGUCUGGCUGCAGGACUGGAUCGGAGGCAUAUCGCUGAUUCCACUGGAGGACUACUUUAAAGCUACGCCUUUCUGAGAACAUCCCUCUUUCUGCAUCAUGUCAGCCUGUACAGAUCAGUUCAGCUGUCCACACCACAGACGUCAAUCUCAUAAAGGGCAAGAAUGUGUGAAGCAGCACUGUGCAAAGAAUAUUUUUACAUAUUCAAAGUUCUGUUGCUAUUUUAAUUUGUGAAAGUGAUUUAUUCUUCACUUUUUCGCUUUCGCCCUGCAAAAUCCAUUUUCUGUGUUUGGUGUGUGAAUGUAUUAAAAGCCAGUAGGCUAAAUUAUUGAAUGGUCACAGUCAUUAUUAUAUUCUUUAUAAACAUGGUCUAUCUUAUGAGUUUGCAUUAAAACGUGUGCUCUUUGAAAAAUAAAUGAAUGUUAGCACUCACAAUUGCCGUGCAUACUAAAGAAAAUAUGAAUUUGUAGUAGUCAGUUAGUUCAAAGGGAAAUGUUAUAUCAACUUUUCUGAGCUCUGGUGUUUCAUCUUGAGACAAAAAUGGCAAUUAGGAGUUCAAGUUAAGUUUUAUUAUUUAAUCUAGUACCUGAAAAUAAUAUAUAAAUAUAAUAACUAUAAUAUAAUAAUAUUAUGCCUAAAGUGAGAUUGUUUUGUGAACUGCAGUUUCCAAGGUUAAAAAUGAUCUAUAAUCCCAAAUUAGCAAUAUGUGUUGGUACUGCGU